UUCACUUCCCACUCCCAACUGCAUUGUGAACGACUUGCCUUCCAGUCUAAUAAUUAACCUUUGCUUUUUUUCGUUGAAAUCUCUCCUUGCGAUCCUCUCUUUGACUUUUACAUUACAUUCCAACUAUAUCAAAUUCAACCACAGAAGCCCAAGCUCGAUCUCGAUCUCGUACCCACAUCUACCUCAGCAUUUCAGCAACCCAUUAUCCAAAAAAGUACACAACAACUUCGUAUUUUAUUCUUGCCACAGGGAUAGUACUGAAAUUCAUUGUUCAACAGCCUUACAAUUAAUAUCAGAUACAGUAAUACAAAUACUAAUUUGUACCAAAAAUGAAGAAAGAAUUCCCGUUUGUUCCUUCCCGAUAUGUUAUCUUCCUUGUUAUCAAGACUUUAUUAAUCCUAGAAACAGCAAUGGGAGAUCCAAGAUCUCAAACAGUAAACUUGACAUGUGGCAACCAAAUGGAGCACAAUUCCUCUGUUUUUGUUCCAAAUUUUGUUGCUACAAUGGAAAACAUCAGCGACCAAAUGCGAGCUUCAGCUUUUGGAUUAGCAGUUUCAGGUUCAGGCCCUGAUACUAACUAUGGCCUUGCCCAGUGCUAUGGGGAUCUCUCUUUACUUGAUUGUGUAUUAUGCUAUGCUGAGGCUCGCACAGUUCUUCCCCAGUGCUUUCCUUUCACAGGAGGUCGUAUUUAUCUUGAUGGUUGCUUCAUGAGGUCAGACAAUUAUAGCUUCUUUCAGGAGUAUACUGGACCUGGUGACAGGGCCAUAUGUGGGAAUACAACUAGGAAGAACUCAACGUAUGAAGAAUCAGUUAGACAGGCUGUGAGCAGUGCAGUUCUGGCAGCUCCAAACCAAAAUGGCUCUGCAAUAUUUCAGGGGGCUGUACAUGGGGCAGUGAAUGAGACAGUUUAUGUGCUGGCUGAUUGUUGGAGGACUUUAAAUGCAAACUCCUGCAAAGCAUGUUUGGAGAAUGCAUCUGCUUCAAUAUUGGAAUGCUUGCCUUGGUCAGAGGGGCGAGCAUUGAACACUGGCUGCUUCAUGAGGUACUCAGACAAAGAUUUCCUCAACAAGAAACCGGGAAAUGGAAAUUCAAAAGAUACAACCAUAGUGAUAGCAGUUUCAGUUGUCAGUUCGGUGAUUCUGCUGGUAGUUGGAGUAGCAAUUGGAUUUUAUAUCUGGAAGCACAGAUAUAUACAAAAGAAACGAAGAGGUUCAAAUGAUGCAGAAAAGCUGGUGAAAACACUUAAUGACAGUAGCCUGAACUUCAAGUAUUCCACACUUGAGAAGGCUACAGGAUCUUUUGACGAUGCUAACAAACUUGGACAAGGAGGAUUUGGAACAGUUUAUAAGGGAGUUUUGCCUGAUGGAAGGGAGAUUGCUGUCAAGAGGCUUUUCUUUAACAAUAGACAUAGAGCAGGGGAUUUCUACAAUGAAGUUAACAUUAUAAGCAGCGUGGAACACAAAAAUCUGGUCAGGUUAUUAGGAUGCAGUUGUUCUGGACCUGAAAGCCUACUUGUCUAUGAAUUCCUGCCUAACAAAAGCCUUGAUCGAUUCAUCUUUGAUGCAAACAGAGGUAAAGCACUGAACUGGGAGAAAAGAUACGAGAUUAUUGUGGGGACAGCAGAAGGUUUAGUGUACCUUCAUGAGAACUCCAAGAACAGAAUAAUUCAUAGAGAUAUAAAAGCUAGUAACAUCUUGUUGGACUCAAGACUUCGUGCUAAAAUUGCUGAUUUUGGGUUAGCUAGAUCUUUCGAAGAAGAUCAGAGCCACAUCAGCACUGCCAUUGCAGGAACACUAGGAUAUAUGGCUCCAGAAUACCUAGCUCAUGGUCAGUUAACAGAAAAGGCCGAUGUCUACAGCUUUGGAGUGCUUUUGUUAGAGAUUGUUACAGGAAGACUGAACAACAGGAGCAAAACCUCAGAAUACACUGACAGCCUAAUCACAAUUACAUGGAAGCAUUUUCGAUCAGGGACAGUUGAACAAUUAUAUGAUCCAAAUCUAAUGUUGCAUAAUCAUUACAACGUAAAUGUUAAGAAUGAGAUUUUAAGAGUGCUGCAUAUCGGACUUUUAUGCACCCAAGAGAUUCAGUCAUUACGACCAGCAAUGUCAAAGGCACUACAAAUGUUGACAAAUAAGGAUUAUGAACUCCCUGCACCUACAAAUCCUCCUUUUAUAGAUGAGAGAACGAUGGAACUGACUGACAUGUGUGAAGACCCAUGUUACCCUCUUAGAGCAGGAUAUUCUACUUCGAUUGCUACUAUUUCUGAAAUUUCUUUCUGUCCUAGGUGACCAUGUUGGUAUUGUCUCUGGCAGUUUCUUUCUGUCCCAGUCACCAUAAGAGGAGGGACAAAGGAUGGUUUCUCAUAAAACCAGUGCUCGCAUGUUGUCUUUUUUAAUGAAAGAAACCACAGACCUCAAGUUGCAACCUCGCCUCGGCUUCUUGUUGGCAUUGGCAGCCAACUGAUGAUGGUGCACACGAAGUAACUCGUAAUAAAUCAAUCACCUCUACCUUAUGAAGGUAGAGGUGAUUGAUUUAUUGUAAAUUUUUGUUCUUUCUGUACAUCAUUGCUUGUGUGACAUAGGAUGUGCCUUUUAAAUCGUACAAGUGUCAUUUUUUUUUUUUUAAUUUUAAAUUAUUUGAGAUAUAUAUAAGCUUCAUAAAUGUAGUAUCUUCUCCAUUUAAAUGAAAAGCCUGAUGAAUCAGCCGAACUUCCAAAGAAUAUAUA